AUUACCUGCGUUGAAGCACAGCCUGAUCACAUGAUCAAUCGUUUCUGAACGAUUGGAAUAUCAGCUAAGAUUUAUUAUGCAUAUCUCAGCCACAUUGCAGUACUUGCUAGCGGUGUGCCUAGCAUCAUCUAGUACAGUUUACGCGCAGAGCAACGAUACAGCUGUACCUGCCGAUUUGAAUAUAAUAGGCGUAGCAACUCCUGAAGGGGGUGUGGUAACUGGUGCCAAUGUCACUACCACCAAUCAAACGAAAGUGAAUUCGACAGUCGUGGAGACCUUUGACCCGAACGGUAUCGACCCUAAUGCACCGGAAGCUUUGGAGGCUUGUCCCACGUAUGCUGAAUUGAACAUUGAAGGCAAUUGGACGUGCAUGGCCGAAGCACUAGCCCACGACAGCGCCAGUGGUGUUUGGGCCAAGCUUUUGACGAACUACACCCAUGCCCUCAGCAACAAAGACGACUUCAACUUCAUAUCUGCUCGCCAUCCAGCCUCGGCACCAGACGAAAGCAGGCAAGCGGUAUGUGCAUUUAGCAACUUUUUAUCCCACCCAGAGAGACAGCGCGCCGCAUGUGCUAGUGUAGAGAGUGGUGUUACAAUGGAAUUCGAGUUCGGGCGUGGUUGCGAGCCAAAGACAUUUCGCUAUUCGGAAAGGUCCCCUUUCAUUGCUGCUCCUGAAGGUGAAAAUCAAACGCUGUCAUACGCAGCAACUGCUGAAUGUGUGCGACUAGUUACAAAAGCCAUCGUAACGGGGCAGGUCGUAGUUAAUGAAACCGUCAGUGAAGUUGUUGCUGAGGUAGUUAGGCCAAUGAAUGCAACUGGAGCUGCGAAUUCAACUGGAGCUGCCGAUGGUAUCGAUUCCGGAACUGAAGAUGUGCCGGACAGCGACACUGCCAAUAUUACUGACGGUUCGGACACUACUGAUGAUAUGGACACUACUGUUGACGGAAUGGAUACUACCGUGAUUGAGGAGGACAGAGUUGAUGACCCUGCCACUGCACCCUUUCAGAGCUUUGGAGGCUCAGCAACAAUAAUCGAUGUCGAUGGUGCGGACACUGAUGAUGCGGGCACUGAUAGUGAACCCGAGGAAAUUGUCAAUACGCCCAGCACUCCUGGUCUACAAUUCGUCGAUGACGAGUCAUAAGAGCACAGAUAAACACUUCGAUAGUUAACUGAAGACAUUUGACCUUUGAAUUUGAAUAAAGUAUUUCCAAUAGCGUUUCCAG